AAAAUCAGUUCUGUGUCGGUUCUGUGCUGUGACGCCCGCUGAGAUGGACUCUACUUUGUAAAUGCACACAAAAUAACACUGCAUGGUGCGAGCGUGACUCCAGACGGGCCGUGGACACGUGAAUGCGGCUGCUGCACACUGACAGUUCUAGGCAGUAGUUGGACACCUGGAAUCAUGACAGCGGAGGAGAUCAUCAACAUUAAAGAGGCCGAGGUCAUCAAACUCAUCCUGGACUUUCUGAACUCCAGGAGGCUCCACAUCAGCAUGUUGGCCCUGGAGAAGGAGAGUGGAGUCAUCAAUGGACUCUACUCAGACGAUAUGCUUUUUCUCCGGCAGCUGAUUUUAGAUGGCCAGUGGGAUGAGGUUAUGCAGUUUAUCCAACCUCUAGAAGGAAUGGAGAAAUUUGACAAGAAAAGGUUUCGGUAUAUAAUCUACAAACAGAAGUUUUUGGAAGCAUUGUAUGUAAACAAUGUCAUGUCUGCUGCAGAGGAUCCCCUGAAUCUGGAGCUCACCAUGCAGGAGGCGGUGAAGUGUCUCAACAGUCUGGAGGAGUUCUGUCCCACUAAAGAGGACUACAGAAAACUGUGUCUGCUGCUGACCCUCCCACGCCUCACCCACCACGCCGAGUUUAAAGACUGGAACCCGAGCACAGCGCGGGUCCACUGCUUUGAGGAGGCCUGUGACAUGGUAGCCGAGUUUAUCCCCGCAGACAGAAAGCUGAGUGAGGCUGGGUUUAGGGCCAGUGGCAACAGGCUUUUCCAGCUGCUCAUCAAAGGCAUCCUGUACGAGUGCUGUGUGGAGUUUUGUCAGAGUAAAGCUACAGGUGAGGAGAUCAGCGAGGGAGAGGUGCUUCUCGGGGUGGAUUUACUUUGUGGAAAUGGCUGUGAUGAAUUGGAUCUCUCACUCCUGUCCUGGCUCCAGAAUCUCUCCUCUAGCGUCUUUAACUGCACAUUUGAACAGAAGACUUUAAACAUUCACGUGGAUAAGCUCGUGAAACCCUGUAAGGCUGGCCACGCGGACCUGCUCACGCCCCUGAUCAAUCGCCUGUCCCCUUGUCCCACCUCACCCUUCCACCACAGGCCUCACUCAGCAGACACCUACAUGUCCAGGUCCCUCAACCCUGCUCUGGACGGCCUGUCACACGGACUGGCAGCACAGGACAAGAGAGGCAUGGAGGCCAACGCAAAGGCAGCCCUGAGUCGAAGCUUGGUCGAAAACCACUCUCAUCAGCAGGAGGAGUCACCUGAACGGAAACUUCCACAGGGCCUUGAUGGUCCCAACCCAGUGCGCACUCCUCUGACCCCGGGCAAAGAUGGUGGGCCGCCAUGCAGCACAGAAUUAAAUGAGCCGCGCGGUUCCACUGAACAGAUACAAGAAUACUAUCGGCAGCGGCAUCGCGUGCAGCAACAUCUGGAGCAAAAGCAGCAGCAGCGGCAACUUUACCAACAGAUGCUCUUAGAGGGAGGGGUCAAACCACAAAAUGGCACCCAAAACAACCUCACUGAAACGUUCCUCAAUAGAUCUAUUCAGAAGUUGGAGGAGAUGAACGUGGGACUUGAGCACAGGGGGGAGGAGGUGAUGGGGCAGUUGGGAACGCAGUGUAAUGGACUGGCAGGAAACGGCACCACGGCCAGUCCUGAAACCACCCACAACCACCACCACACGUCUGACACUGCGCCACGACAAGAGAAGCCAGGAGGGGUCAGCAGCAGCACCCCAGUGAGAACAGGAGGCCAAACCAUGCCCUGCCUCAGCGAGUCUCCUGUUCCCAUCAGUCACAAAGUUGGGAUUAACAGUGCAGAAAAGAUCCGAGUCCAGGAUCAAUCUGGCAGUUUAGCAACUCGCCACACGCCCCAAGAGCAAGGAAGGACCAAAACCCAGUUCAUUAGACUGACGCAGCUGGAGGACACUCAGGCUCUGCGUGCGGUGGCCUUUAACCCCUCAGGGUCUUUGUACGCUGUGGGGUCCAACUCAAAGACCUUGAGAGUCUGCGCCUAUCCAGAAACACUCUCCACGAGUUCUGGUGUCACCAAGCAAGCAGUGGUACGCUUCCGGAGAAAUAAACACCACAAGGGCUCCAUCUACUGCGUGGCAUGGAGUCACUGCGGACAGCUGCUGGCCACUGGUUCAAAUGAUAAAUAUGUCAAAGUUCUGCCUUUUAAUCCAGACAACUGCAAUGCAACAGGACCUGAUUUGGAGUUUAGUAUGCACGAUGGUACCAUUAGAGACCUGGCAUUCAUGGAGGGUCCGGAGAGUGGGGGCUCCAUCCUGAUCAGUGCAGGAGCUGGAGACUGCAACAUCUACACCACCGACUGUCAGAGGGGACAGGGUCUACACGCACUCAGUGGACAUACCGGUCAUAUUCUGACACUGUACACGUGGGGAGGCUGGAUGAUUGCCUCUGGUUCCCAAGAUAAGACUGUUCGAUUUUGGGAUCUACGGGUGCCCAGCUGUGUCCGGGUAAUUGGCACAACACUCCAUGGCACAGGAAGUGCGGUUGCAUCUGUAGCGGUGGACCCCAGCGGGCGGCUGUUGGCCACUGGGCAGGAGGACAGCACCUGUAUGCUCUAUGACAUUAAAGGGGGUCGCAUAGUGCAGACGUAUCGCCCCCACACCAGUGAUGUCCGCUCUGUACGCUUCUCACCAGGAGCACAUCACCUUCUGACAGGCUCCUACGACAACAAAAUCAUCAUCAGUGACCUUCAAGGAGACCUAACCAAGCCCCUCCCUCAGACCCUGGCAGGGGAGCAUUGGGAUAAGGUGAUCCAGUGUCGGUGGCACCCUCACGACCGGACCUUCCUCUCCUCGUCGGCUGAUCGCACCGCUGUCCUCUGGGCUCCACUAUCGCCCUGACCUCCUACCUAAAGAUGUUACACAUAUUGGUCAGCUGUGGGGUGUGUUUUUGUUGACUUGGGUGUAUGUGUGCAAACAAGUUAACUUUUACUGUUCAAAUAUGCAUAGGGCAAGUAAAUAUUUCCUUGUCAUGACUAUGGCAUUAAGAAAAAAGAUCAAGUGAUUGUGCUUGAAAGUAACACCUUGUCUCAUUCGUAAUGUUUACUUCAUGCAUAUGCAGAACAUGUAAAGUGACUGGCAAAUUGUACCUUGUGCCAAAACAAACAUGUAAAGUCUCACACAUUUAAGCUUCUUUAACCACAGUUCACAUAUUUUGUCAGCAGCUGACAAAAGUAAACCAUUUGAGAGUUAUUUUCAUUUUAGCUGUUGAAUGGUUGAUGUACUAAACAACUUGCUAUAAUGUAAUAUCAUGCUGUGCCUUUUUAUAAUUAGUUUAAUUAAGCACUUUAUCACGAGAUCUGUAUUUAUUUUUGUAUCACAUGUGCACUGUUGCUUUUACCUCAUAAUUACCCACAAUAAGUUGCCUAAAUAAAUACCAUUUAUUGUUUUGUUUAGUAACUUUUUUUUUUACAAUCCUGUGUUUAUUUGUCUCUCUUUAAGAGGGGCAGAGAGUCCAAAUACUGUCUUUUGUCCAUGGCUGGUUUGCCUGGAAUGUUCCCAACAAUAUUUAAAAAACUAAAAUAAAUACUGGAAAGAUGGAUAGUUAAUACUAUACAGUGGGAGAUUGUAGGCAAAGCAGUAACAAAGACCUGCAGGUGAUGAAGCUUCCACCAGAAAACAUACAUGGCCCGUUUAGCUUAUAACUACCGGUAUAUGGAUAUAUUUGUUUAUGAGGGAAUAGAAUUGGCAUUUUUUGUGUGGAAAUUUAUAAUAAUUCAGAAUGUUUCUCUCCAAUGUCUCUGCUGUCCUGCAUGAGGUGCAUUUAAAAUGUGCAACAUUAAGGCCUGUCCAUGUUCCCAUCAUUCUUACACACUAAAAGCACAAAAUCAAUAUUUGUUUGUAUUUUGAUGGACUGCUAGGGUUUUCUCUGGUAAGGAAGCACUUUAAUGAAUGCAAGCAGCUAGCAACGAACAAAUCUGAUUAAAUAAUGCAUUGUUUCCUGUGGUCUGUAGUCUCCUGGUUCACAUUGUAGUAACAUAGUUAUACUAGAGGAGCUGAUUUACACCUGUGGGUUCAUCAUGUACACUGAAGUAACAGGAUGUCCAAAGAAAUAAAGAUAAACCGAGCACC